CCCGGUGCCUGAGCUCCAGCAGAGGAGGUGCCGCCGCCCCCGCCGCUCCCCCCCCGCCCUCGGGCCGGGCCGGGUCGAGCUGCGAUGCCCUCGGACUUCAUCUCAUUGCUCAGCGCCGACCUCGACCUGGAAUCGCCCAAGUCCCUGUACUCGAGAGAAUCUGUCUAUGAUCUUCUCCCAAAGGAGUUACAGUUACCUCCAUCUAGAGAAACAUCUGUAGCAUCCAUGAGUCAGACAAGUGGCGGUGAGGCAGGCUCGCCUCCUCCAGCUGUAGUUGCUGCUGAUGCUUCUUCAGCUCCUUCCUCUUCCUCCAUGGGCGGUGCUUGCAGCUCCUUUACCACCUCUUCCAGCCCUACCAUUUAUUCUACCUCAGUCACCGACAGCAAGGCUAUGCAAGUGGAGAGCUGCUCCUCAGCCGUGGGGGUAAGUAACCGAGGGGUAAGUGAAAAGCAGUUAACCGGUAACACAGUCCAGCAGCAUCCGCCAACACCGAAGCGGCACACAGUCCUGUACAUCUCGCCGCCACCUGAGGACUUGCUGGAUAACAGCCGGAUGUCCUGCCAGGAUGAGGGCUGUGGACUGGAGUCUGAGCAGAGCUGCAGUAUGUGGAUAGAGGAUUCUCCCUCCAACUUCAGUAACAUGAGCACCAGUUCCUACAAUGAUAACACGGAGGUACCACGAAAAUCACGAAAACGAAACCCAAAGCAGAGGCCAGGGGUCAAACGGCGAGAUUGUGAAGAAUCCAACAUGGAUAUAUUUGAUGCUGACAGUGCCAAAGCACCUCACUAUGUGCUUUCCCAGCUUACCACGGACAGCAAAGGCAACUCAAAAGCAGGAAAUGGAACAUUGGAAAAUCAGAAAGGAGCUGGAGCAAAGAAGAGUCCUAUGUUGUGUGGACAGUAUCCUGUUAAAAGUGAGGGAAAAGAACUGAAGAUAGUAGUUCAACCUGAGACCCAGCACAGAGCUAGGUAUCUGACUGAGGGCAGCCGUGGUUCAGUGAAAGAUAGAACACAACAAGGUUUCCCUACUGUAAAGCUGGAAGGACACAAUGAACCUGUAGUGCUACAAGUAUUUGUGGGUAAUGAUUCUGGUCGAGUGAAACCACAUGGGUUUUAUCAGGCCUGCAGAGUAACUGGUAGAAAUACAACUCCUUGCAAAGAAGUUGAUAUUGAAGGCACUACAGUUAUAGAAGUUGGCCUUGACCCUAGCAACAACAUGACACUGGCGGUGGAUUGCGUAGGGAUCCUGAAACUCAGAAAUGCUGAUGUUGAAGCUAGAAUAGGAAUUGCUGGUUCCAAGAAAAAAAGUACUCGAGCCAGAUUGGUGUUUCGAGUUAACAUCACACGGAAAGAUGGCUCAACUUUAACACUACAAACACCUUCCUCUCCAAUUCUAUGUACUCAGCCAGCAGGAGUACCAGAGAUCUUAAAGAAAAGCCUUCAUAGUUGCUCAGUAAAAGGAGAGGAAGAAGUCUUUCUUAUUGGCAAAAAUUUUCUGAAGGGAACUAAAGUUAUCUUCCAAGAGAAUGUUUCUGAUGAAAACUCUUGGAAGUCAGAAGCUGAAAUAGACAUGGAAUUAUUUCAUCAGAAUCAUCUUAUUGUGAAGGUGCCCCCAUAUCAUGACCAAUAUAUAACCUUGCCUGUGUCUGUGGGAAUAUAUGUAGUGACCAAUGCUGGAAGAUCCCAUGAUGUUCAGCCAUUUACCUACACUCCAGAUACAGCUAAUGCUCUGAAUGUAAAUGUGAAGAAGGAAAUGUCCAGCCCAGCAAGACCUUGUUCUUUUGAAGAGGCUAUAAAAGUAAUGAAAGCUACUAGUUGUAACCUAGAUAAGGUAAAUAUUCUUCCUAGUGCCUUGAUCACUCCACUCAUGUCAAGCAGUAUGAUUAAGAAUGAAGAUGUUACUCCAAUGGAAGUAACAGCAGAAAAAAGAUCUUCUCCUGUCUUUAAGGCAACAAAGGCAGUUGGAUCAACUCAGCAAACAUUAGAAAAUAUUUCCAACAUAUCCGGAAGUGGAUCUUUUUCAUCAUCAUCUUCCCACUUACCUCCUGAAAAUGAAAAGCAACAGCAAAUUCAGUCUAGUAAAGUGUACAACCCAGAGACUUUGACAACUCUGCAGACACAAGACAUUUCACAACCAGGGACUUUUUCAGCAGGUCCUGCUGCUGGCCAGCUGUCCAGCAGCGAUGCACUGUUGCAGCAGGCGACCCAGUUUCAGAGCAGAGAACCCCAAUCUAGAGAGGUGUUGCAGUCUGAGGGCACUGUGGUGAAUUUGUCUCAGUUGACUGAGGCGUCACAGCAACAGCAGCCGUCACCCCUGCAAGAACAAGGACAGACUUUGCAACAACAGAUUUCAUCCAACAUUUUCUCACCACCAAACAGUGUGAGUCAGCUACAAAAUACCAUACAGCAGUUACAAGCUGGAAAUUUUACAGCCGGUGCUGCCAGCAGCAGCAGUGGAAAUGUGGAUUUGGUCCAGCAAGUCCUGGAGGCCCAGCAGCAGUUAUCUUCAGUUUUGUUUUCUGCUUCAGAUGGCAAUGAGAAUGUCCAGGAACAGCUUAGUGCUGACAUUUUUCAGCAAGUCAGUCAAAUUCAAAACACUGUAAGUCCUGGAAUAUUUUCUUCAACAGAACCAGCUGUCCAUGCCAGGCCAGAAAAUUUAAUGACUGGAAGAGCUGAAAAUGUUCAUCCUCAAGCUGAAAAUACAUUAUCCAAUCAACAGCAGCAGCAGCAGCAACAGCAGCAGCAGCAGCAGCAGCAAGCGAUGGAAUCAUCAGCAGCCAUGGUGAUGGAAAUGCAGCAGAGUAUCUGCCAGGCAGCUGCCCAAAUGCAGUCUGAAUUAUUCUCUUCAACUGCCUCUGCCAAUGGAAACCUCCAACAAUCUCCAGUUUACCAGCAAGCAUCACAUAUGAUGAGUGCAUUAUCUACCAAUGAGGACAUGCAAAUGCAAUGUGAAUUGUUCUCUUCUCCUUCAGUUUCUGGGAAUGAAACUUCUACUACUACAACACAGCAAGUUGCAACACCAGGUCCUACCAUGUUUCAGACUUCAAAUUCAACAGAUGGAGAAGAGACAGGAGGACAAGUAAAACAGAUACAAAACAAUGUAUUUCAGACUAUGGUACAGAUGCAGCACAGUGGAGAAAAUCAACCUCAAGUCAACCUUUUUUCAUCUACCAAAAAUAUGAUGGCUGUUCAGAACAGUGCUACUCAACCACAGGGUAAUGGUCUGUUCCAGCAGAGUAAUGAGAUAUUGUCUCUUCAGUCUGGGAGCUUUAUACAGCAGCCUUCUCAUUCACAGGCUCAGCUUUUUCACCCACAAAAUUCUAUCGGGGAGGCUCAGAAUAUAUCCCAGGAAACUCAAGGUUCUCUUUUUCACAGCCCAAGUCCCAUUGUCCACAAUCAAACUUCCACUUCACCCUCUGAGCAAUUGCAGUCUUCGAUGUUUCAUUCCCAGGGUACCAUGGCUGUACUGCAAGGCUCUUCUGUUCCUCAAGACCAGCAGCCAACCAACUUGUUCCUUUCUCAGAGUUCUAUAAAUACACUUCAGAAUAACACAGUGUCUCAAGAAGAACAGAUCUCAUUUUUUACUACACAGAACUCCAUUUCUCCCCUCCAGGCAGCACCCAGCACUGAGCAACAAACAGCUUUUCAGCAGCAGACACAGAUAUCCCAUAUUCAGUCACCUAUGCUUGCCCAAGAACAGGCCCAACCCUCUCAGCAGGGUUUGUUUCAGCCUUCAGUAUCUUUAGGUGCUCUCCCACCAAAUUCAAUGGCCCAGAACCAACAAGGGACAAUCUUCCAGGCUCAGCAUUCAAUGGUAGCCAUCCAGAACAGCUCUUCAUCCCAAGAUCCACAACAGCAGCAGCAGCAGCAGCAACAACAGCAACAGCAGCAGCAACAACAGAAUAUUUUAUUCAGUAAUCAGAAUACCAUGGCUACAAUGGCAUCCCCAAAGCAACCGCCACCAAAUAUGAUUUUCAACCCAAAUCAGAAUCCACUGGCCAACCCAGAACAGCAGAACCAGUCUAUAUUUCACCCACAAAAUAACAUGGCAUCAAUGAAUCAAGAACAACAGCCCAUGCAGUUUCAGAACCAGAAUACAGUUUCAUCCCUUCAGACCCCAGGAUCCACCCAGGCUGAGCCACCUCAGCCAUCUUUGUUCCAUACCUCUCCCCAGAUUCAGCUGGUCCAAGGGUCACCUAGUUCACAAGAGCAGCAAGUCACACUCUUCAUCUCUUCAGCUUCCAUGUCUGCCUUGCAGACCAGUAUGAACCAGCCAGACCUGCAGCAGCCUCCUCUUUACUCUUCUCAGAACAACAUGCCAGGAAUCCAGGGAGCUGCAGCUUCACCUCCACAGCAGACUAAUUUAUUUCACAACACAACGGGAGGCUCGAUGAACCAAUUGCAGAAUUCUCCUGGCUCAUCUCAGCAAACUUCAGGAAUGUUUUUAUUUGGCAUUCAGAAUAAUUGUGGCCAGCUUUUAACUCCUGGACCAGCAACAUUGCCAGAUCAGCUAAUGGCUAUAAGUCAGCCAAGUCAACCUCAAAAUGAGGGUCAGCCACCUGUGACAACACUUCUGUCUCAGCAAAUGCCAGAAAAUUCUUCACUAUCAUCAUCUAUAAACACCAACCAGAACAUUGAAAAAAUUGAUUUGCUUGUUUCAUUGCAAAAUCAGGGGAACAACUUGACAGGCUCAUUUUAACUGCAUAUGAAAAUUCUGUGAAGAAAAACCCAGUUCCAGGAUGCUCUUGGAGCUUGUGACUACAAUUGUAUUAAAGUGUAUGGAAUUAAGUUGCUCUAUAAAAAAAAAAUUACACCAAAAAACUAUAUUUGACUAAAUAUAUAGAUUUUUAUCCUCCCUGCAAAAGAGCACAUUUGUGCUACUUAAUUGCAGUGAUUAAUCAAUAAUAUUGUCAUAUUUCAUAUUCCUAAUAGCAAUAAUGACUAAGGAUUUAUGUUUUGUGUUCCCAUACAGUAAAUUUAAUUGCUACUCUCUUCCUAAGCACAGUGCCUCUAUAAGGCACAGUAUGAAUUCAAGUCUAGUACACUUGGUCAUUAUUGCUAUUAGAAAAUAACUCAUAAUGUCAUUUUACUUUUUAAUUGUUCGUUAUUUUUCUUUCCUACAUCUUUUCUGUUAAGAUUUCUGUAAAAAGGAUAUCCAUAAUUGAAGUUGAUAUCGUCCAAGUAAAAAGCACAGCUAUUGGUCAAAGUAAAAGAAUCAUGUUGUCAGUUUUCAUGGAGAGCCUGAGGAGCUUACCCAGUGACAAGCUGUAGUAGGACAAACUGUAGAGAGGACAAAUCUGUCUGUGUAAGCAGACGACUCUGUUUGUGAAACUGGGCAUGGCUGUAAUGUUUUAAGGCUCCACAUCAGAGUUGUUCAUGAUUUUCUGUAUGUUUGUACAAAGAUGUUAGUCUAUGAUUGUGCAUAGAAUAGUAAUGAUCUUGUUCUACAGAAAUGAAGGGGACAAUUUAUGGUAUUUUUUUUUAAUUUUCUAUGAUAUCCUGUCCUGUAGGAGUAAUUUGAAUGGCUGAAGUUCAUUGUAAUCUAAUUUGCAUUCUUCGGUCACAACUUAUUAUAACUCAGCCUUAGACCAACAUUCCUUUUUUAUAUGUUCCCAUGAUUUUUCUUCACUUUUUAGUUUGGUUGUAAGCAACUAUGAAUACAUUACUGGCUUUAGGAUCCUCUAGCAGCUUAAAGAAAAUAAGACCCCUUUGACCCAAGGUGAUCUAGCAAGUCCUGCAACACAGGGAAGGAGAAAAGAUCCCUUUCAUUAAUUGGGAAGGGUAGGAAUUGACUCCAGGAAAGACGAUGCAUUUUUUCCCAUGAACGGUGCUGUUGUAAAGUCUUCAAAAAAAAAUUUUCCCUCCAAUGGGAAACAAAAGCUAAGUUUUCUUGAAAUACCACUUCUCCCUGAGCUGCAGUGACUGUCAUAAACUUGUCACCUCAGUGCUUUACAAUUUUGAAGUGGUCACUUUCCUGAUAGUUCCCAUGAGCCUUAGGCUUUACAGGGUCAUACUGUUCACUUAAAAUGAAGAAUUCACUUGUUUAUAUCUAUAAAGAGCAAAAGAACACACUCCGGGACUUGCAGGUGUAGCACUGGUUAUACAGUUUGGGUGCUUUGACCAACCCAAGGAAUGUUUGCUUCUCACUACAACCUCUUGUCUAGCCAUGUGCUUUUUCCUGUUCUCCUUGUGGCAUGUAGAAAGCUGUUCUUGCCGUUUAGAGCCAAGCUGGUGUGUGUAGCUUCUAAAUCCUGUAUAAUGGCUUUGGUGUUCUUGUCAGUUUCACUUUGUUUUAUUGUUUUACGUACAGAAUAGCCUGAAAAUUGUUCGACUUUUCUGUUUACUGUAUUGUUUUUCUAUCUUUGUAUACUCAGCUGAAUUGUGUAGAAAUGUGGUGGUGUUGGUUUUGUUUUUAUAACUAGAUUUUUCUUAUUUGUGAUGGUCUUUCUCUGUUAUUUGUAUGCUUUAUCUUGUCUUUACCACAGUCUUCUCUUUUCUUCUCUCACAAGCAUAUUUUUCUCACUGUCUUUACCCUUUUCUUUCUUUUCCCUACCUUCUUUAUUUUUUCUUCCCAAUCUCCCUCUCCCUCUCCCUUUCCUUCCUCCCCCCCCUUCCUCCUUCUCCCUCUUCUUUUCCUUCUCCCUUUCUCUUUCUUUCCUUCUCUCUCUGAUUGAGAGGCAUUGAAUUACGUUUUCAGUAGUACAGGCUUCUUGCCGAUAUGAAGGGAACUUUUCAGAAAGAGACCUGCUCUGGGUCAUUUAAUUUUGAAUACAGUUUUCAAUCGUUCAAGUUUUGGAUGGUUUAUAUCUAAUGUGUGUUUCAUUUUUUUGGAAAGCUAUAUUUUGUAUUUAGGAAAUGGUAUACUAUUUUGCUAUUUGUACUGAGUGAGUACAUUGGCAUAAAUAUAAAAAAUUUAUAUAUAUAUAUAUAUACAUAUAUAUAAACUAUUCUUUUUGCCACACAUUUUUGUGGUAAAUUUGUGAGUUUGUCUGAUGUUCUACCACAACGUGGCGUCUGAUAACAGUGAGGGGGGUUUUGUUAUGUCUUUAUUAAGUAUUUAAGUACUUUUUGCAACAGAAAUGACCUGUUCAUCUGUGGCCAUUCCAUCGGGCAGUGCAUUGUUAUAUUAGUGGGCUAAAGGCAACUUCACUGUGUUUGCUGUGUUUGUCACUCAGCAAUGUGUUGGAGUAAGGAAACCAAUUUUGGCAAUUGUGUCAUGUGGUGUUUCACCAGAAUGAGCCAAUCAGCUUUUGCUCACUAUAUAUUUAAUAUUUUAUUAUUGUUAUUAUUAUUAAUUGGCUUACUUGUUCUAUGCCUUUUAUUUAUAAAUACACUAAAACCAUAUUACAGUUUUAAUAAAGAACAUUUUCCUCACCAUAUAA